GCACCCUGCCUCCGCCCUCGGUCAGCAACCAGCCUAGCUGCCCGCACCAGCUUGGUGUUCCCGUCGCCUUUACAGGCAAGGGCGUUUACAACAUUGACUACGGCACGGGCAAGGAGUCGCUUGCUUAAGCGAUUACAGCACUCCUGGCCGGUCACGACUCCACGAUCCAAUCUCGCCCACAAACGUCAAACCUUGAGCAUGAUAUGCCUCUUCUUCUUCUUCCUCGACUUCUUCGUUUCCGUCACCAUCCUUCUCUUCUUGCACACCCCGUCCUGUCCAUGGAAGACGGCGGCGUGCUGAGACACAACACGACAAAGUUCGGGCUUCAGCCCUUCUGUCUCUUUCCAGCUUCCCUUCGAGCACAUUUCUGCAUAUACAAACGAAAUGGCCUGUUCACUCUCGCACAGUUCUCCUUUCCCUCUACCGAUAUGCCAUUUACCUCACUCGCUUCAGUCUCCCAGAUCUAUAGAAUAUAGAG